AUGUUUCGAUGUAUACCUUUGUUCAAAUGUAAUCGCCAAGUGGAAUGUGUAGACAAGCGGCAUUGCUCGUUGCCAACAAUACCCGAAGACAUUUUACGAUAUUCCAGGAGUUUAGAGGAACUCUUUUUGGAUGCCAACCAUAUACGAGAUUUGCCGAAGAAUUUCUUCAGACUUCAUAGACUAAGAAGACUAGGUCUCAGUGACAAUGAAAUCCAUAAACUUCCAGCUGACAUUCAGAAUUUUGAAAACCUAGUUGAACUAGAUGUAUCUCGAAAUGACAUUCCCGAUAUCCCUGAGGAUAUCAAGAAGCUGCGGGCGCUGCAGAUUGCGGACUUUAGCAGCAACCCGAUCCCGCGGCUGCCAGCUGGAUUCAGCCAGCUGCGAGCGCUCACCGUGCUCGGCCUCAAUGACAUGUCGCUCACCAGCUUACCUAGCGACUUUGGCAGUUUGGUCUCCCUCCAGUCACUUGAGCUGAGAGAAAAUCUACUAAAAUCACUGCCGGAGUCGCUGAAAAAUCUAACCCGAUUACAAAGGCUGGAUCUUGGUGAUAAUGACAUUGAAGAACUGCCGGGUUUCAUCGGAGAGCUGCCCGCUCUGGAAGAAUUGUGGUUGGACCACAACAAACUCCAGUAUUUGCCACCAGAAAUCGGCAAUUUAAAGGCACUAAUAUGUCUAGAUGUGAGUGAGAACAAACUAGAGAAAAUUCCUGAAGAAAUCGGAGGCCUGACCUCGUUAACAGACUUACAUCUUUCACAAAAUAUGCUGGAAACUGUACCUGAUGGUAUCGGCGAUUUAUCCAAGUUAGCUAUACUGAAGUUGGACCAAAAUAGAUUACAUACAUUAAACGAAAAUGUAGGAAGGUGUACAAAUCUACAAGAGCUUAUAUUAACGGAGAAUUUUUUAAUGGAGCUGCCUAAGUCUAUAGGGAAUCUCAAUGAGCUGACUGUACUGAAUGUAGAUAGGAAUACCUUGGCUGAGAUACCGUUAGAGAUCGGUAAUAUGACUUUACUGGGUGUAUUGUGCCUGAGAGAUAACAAAUUAACGAAAUUACCGAAUGAGCUGGGAAAUUGUAAAUCACUACAUGUGUUGGAUGUAAGCGGCAAUAGGUUACAGUACUUACCUUAUACGUUAGUGAACCUGGAGCUCAAAGCGGUUUGGUUAUCGGAGAACCAGGCGCAGCCACUGCUCACCUUCCAAACGGACAGGGAUGAGACCACUGGAGAGAAUGUUCUUACUUGCUUUUUGCUACCUCAGCUUAGUUAUACUCAACAACCAGAAUCGAGCGUAUCUCGCGACCGGGACUCCGACGACGAGAAUUGGGAACAGAAAGAGAACUCAAGAACACACUCUGUCAAGUUCACUGAAGAAAUGCAUGAAGUCAAAGAGACUCCAUUUGUCCGACAAAAUACACCUCACCCGAAGGAUUUGAAGGCGAAGGCACAAAAACUGUUGGCGGGACGGUCGCCAGAGGUCGCGGCGCUUCAAGCAGCGAAACAGGAGCAACCGACUACAAACGGCAUAUCGAUGUCACCACCCGAACACGUUCUUGGGCCGGCUGAAACUGAACCGGAACAUACAACGCAAGCUGCGCCCGAACUGACGAAAGAGGAGGACAGCGACACCCAGACGGCAGCCGAUCGAGAGUCGUCUGAAGGUGAAAACGACGAGAACGAGGACUCUGACGAACUGGAGGCAAUUAAAAAACGAGAACAGCAAGAAGAACCGAAGACUGAUGACGAAGAGACCGCUGAAGACGCCCAUGAUGGUGAAUCUGUUUCGGAACGAGCUGAGAGCGAAGCGCGGGUAGUGAACGACCAGCGAUGUAUCGAGGUCCGUAUAGCGCGCACUGCCGGCGGGCUCGGGCUCAGCAUAGCUGGAGGAAGAGGCUCCACACCUUACGUCGGUGACGACGACGGCAUCUUUAUAUCCCGAGUCACACCGAACGGACCAGCCUACAAUGCUGGACUUAGAGUCGGCGACAAGGUGCUCUCGGUGAACGGUACGUCUGUCGUAGAAGUGGAUCAUUAUUAUGCAGUGGAAGUACUUAAAGCGAGCGGGCCCACGCUCACACUUGUCGUGACCAGAGAUUCACCCAAUUCGACCAGAACCCACAGCCGAGCGCCGAGCGGAGCGAGCCAUCAUUCCAUAUCUAGCACUACCGAUACAAUAUCUACACUGGAAAAUGGACAGGUCCCGACAGGUCGUGGUAUACCCAACAAGCCGCUUAUCAUCAGCAAUCAGUACGCGCAGGAGUUUGAGCCGGAGUACAAAGAGCAGGUGGUGAACCAAACAGUACCGACUGUGGUUCCUCCUGUAACGAGUUACAGUCCGUCUCCUACGGGACAAGUCACUGCGGAGACCUACCAGCGACUGCAAGCAUCUCCUCCACCCGUCACUGAGCCGUACAUACCACCCGUGUAUCAACAAAAGGUGCUAGUCCAUACAACACUGAUCCGCGAUGGUGCGGGUCUCGGGUUCAGUAUAGCCGGUGGCAAGGGUUCUCCGCCGUACCGAGAUGACAGCGACGCCAUAUACAUCUCACGGAUCUCCCCGCAAGGUGCUGCCGCUAAGGACGGCAAGAUGAUGGUCGGAGAUAAAGUUGUUUCCAUAAACGGCGUAGAUAUGGAGAGCGCUCCUCACGAAGCAGCCGUAUCCCUUCUCACUGGACACGAGAGAUUUGUUAGGCUCGUUCUACAGCGAACGAUUACUACGGAACAAGGCGAGUUCAACCCGCGGAAGUCGACAUCAGAAGAAGUGAGAGAACAUAAGUCCAGCCUGCAGAAUGUGAACAUCAUUCCGACACAGAAACCCACCACCAAUCACGCCAAACCGACAACUAACAGUACGAGCACGCCCCUAACUCCCGGCGCCAAUAACGUGCACGGAUCUAACGACGAUGUCUUCGACGAUAUACAGGAUGUCAUCUUAGUCAAAGAAGGAGGAUCUCUUGGAUUUAGUAUUAUUGGCGGCACUGACCAUUCGUGUGUGCCAUUCGGUGGUAAAGAACCGGGAAUAUUUAUUUCACAUGUGGUACCCGGUGGAGUAGCGGCUCGUUCAGGCAAGUUGCGAAUGGGUGACCGACUGCUGAAGGUCAACGGCGUAGAGCUCACAGGAGCAACGCACCGCGACGCCGUGCAACUGUUACUACAACCCGGCGCUACACUCACUCUCACUGUACGACACGACCCUCUGCCCAACGGAUUCCAGGACCUAACCAUAAUCAAACAAGAAGGUGAGAAGCUUGGAAUGCACAUAAAGGGCGGUUUGAACGGUCAGCGUGGCAACCCUAACGAUCCGAAUGACGAGGGAGUCUUCAUAUCGAAGAUAAAUAGCGGUGGAGCCGCGAGGAGAGACGGCAGACUGAAGGUUGGGAUGCGUCUGUUAGAAGUGAAUGGUGUAUCACUGCUGGGCGCUACUCAUAACGAAGCAGUGAAUGCGCUGCGUUCAGCUACUAACGCUCCUCUACAUCUCGUCGUGUGCUACGGAUACACUAGGCCGGAGAAGAUCACUACUGGUAGCGAGAGCGGGACGGCAGAUACGGGCGGCUCUCUGUCGCACUCAACGUCAAGCCUGGACAGAGACGAACCGUUGCACCAACAUCAACCGGAGCAACAGUUCCAACAGGACCUUGUUGAGUUUGAACACGAGAAACAAGUCGCAGAAAUGAGGGAAAAGUCUACACCUGAAAAGGUGCUAGACAUAGUUCACGCCGUAGAGAGCAUGGCUCUUGAGCCCGCACCUCCGAUAUCUCCAGAACUGCAACACAAGACGACCACCGUCGUUAUGUCCAAACACACACUUCAACCUCAGUCGUCUAGUUCGCAAGCGGCGCCCCCCUCGCCGCUCGCGGUGUUUACGCAGCAGAAGGUUCGGACGCCGCCCCCCUCCGCCCAGCCUCCCCCCGGCGGGCCCCCGGCGAGCCCGGCCAGCCCGGUCAGCCCGGGGCCCGCGCGCCUGCAGCGCCCCACCAGACCACCACCCGCGCCCCCUGCGCCUUCCGCCACACAAAAGCCUCAAGUGCCUCGCAAACCACAAACGAAGCGAGUUAGUUUUACACAAGAAUCGAUGGAUGAACCUGAAUACUUCUUGUCGACGAACGAUACGAAUACGAAUUUCCGACCCUCAUUGCAUGACGUGCAUGAUGACGAGCAAGCGGGGCCCAUGACCAUUGACACUAACGAUGCAUGCGAAGGGUUCAGCUCUUUACUAAUCCGAAACCAAACGUCUACCGAAUUGGAAGUCUCGAGACCGGUCCCUAAAGCGAGUCGAGUACUUCACGCCGACCUCAUCAUCCCUCCUCCGCCUUUGUUCGACACUUACGUAAGUGAUAGUGAAUUAGUUGACGAUGAAGAUAACGAGGCAAUCCUGCCACCUAUCACUGUUAUUCCCGAGCGGAUUGUGCUGCCGGAACCUGCGGUGGCCGAAACAUCCAUGCAGUCCUCAAAUUCUACAAAUUCACCCGAAGCCGAAGUUCCUCCUCCUGUAAAUUACACCGCGUUUCCACUUUUAGUAUCCGAACAGGCCGUCCUUGACACGCCGGUCCGCUCAGUUAUAGUGUCAGCAGUGCCUGCAAACCAAGUCUUCCGUACUCCAGAUUAUCCUGUAGCAGAACCUGAGUUUUAUAAAGAACUUUCUGUCAGUCCAAUCGGAGAACCAGAUCCCCCCGAGUUGCUACACGCUCAGUACAAAACUCUCCCUACUGUGUCACAUGUCCCUAAUUCUCCAUGUAAUUUACAUCCUGAUCAAACUUAUGUUGAUCAGCGACCAAUGUAUGUACCGACGCACCGUUCAUUACGUGACCUGAGGACAGAUAAUAUUUCACCGGGUAUGGUUCAUUCUAACACGUACCCUCCAAUCAAUCCCUACCCAUCUCUAACGACAGUCGCUGGAACUUACAAUCCAUACACUUGCACAGUCCCCGUAUGUUCUUCCAAUCAAAUUGGCAAUACAAGUCAUAAAUCACAGACCGCUCUAGUCAGUACCUUAGGACAAGACAUAAAUGCAAACAUCACUUCAUCUGUCCCCACUAAUUACGAUGAUGCGCCUAAAAGUGUUCAAUCAGAGAGAAGAGUCCGUUUCGGUGAGGUGACUACAGUGCCCGAAACCGAUAGAAUGUCGAACAGUUCGGAUCCCUUGAGGGAAGGGAGCCCCACGCCCGCAUCCGCCUUGAAACCCGCAUGGAGCAGCAAAAUCAAAUCCUUCGCCAUCGGCGAGGCUUCCCCACCUCAUUCUGGUAAUUUUGUGAAAGCCUCUGUCAGCGAUAAGAAGAAGUUCUUCGAAAAUGCUAUGGAAGAAAGUCACAAACCUUCGCCCAAACCAGAGAAAGUUUUCACAUUCCUAUCAGCGGAUGAGGUGGAGAAAUUGAAGCAAGAAGAGGAAAGGAAGAUGGCCUCUCUGUCGCGAUCAGAGCUCGGCUCGUGGUCCCCAGGGGAGGACCGACAGAGUGGAUAUAGCUCGCAUUCCGACGACGAACCUUACGAGAAUGGCCAUAGUGUGUCUGGAGGCGUGAGUCCGUCAGCGAAAUCACAAAGACGGCGCGCUGCCCGCGACGGUGAGGUAGAGGACGCGGCCACGCGCGCUGCAAGGCGGGCUGCGUGGCGCGCCGCACGACUACGAUCACUUGAACAGGAGGCCCUCGAAUCACAGAAAGUAAUUAAAAGCAUGGUGGGGCCAGCGAGUGACAUCCUCGAAGAUCCACCGAGGGAAAACUCGUCCAAUGAGACGAUACCUGGAUUCUAG